AGCUGAGCGCUAGAGGAAGACGGCGGGGAAGCUCGAGCGAUGGCGGUCCCCGAGGCGGAGCGCCACCGCGGCCGGCCCAGGGCGCCGCCGCAGGCCGCGGCCGCCGCGAUGGCGAGGCCGAGGCCGCCGGUGAAGUCGCGGGUCCCGCUCCGGCGGCUCCUCCGCGUGGCGUCGGUGGCGUGCGGGAUCCAGUUCGGGUGGGCGCUGCAGCUGUCGCUGCUGACGCCGUACGUGCAGGAGCUGGGGAUCCCCCACGCCUGGGCCAGCAUCAUCUGGCUCUGCGGGCCGCUGUCCGGGCUCCUCGUCCAGCCCCUGGUGGGCCACAUGAGCGACCGGUGCACCAGCCGCUUCGGCCGCCGGAGGCCGUUCAUCGUCGCCGGGGCCCUGUCGAUCACCGUCGCCGUGCUGAUCAUCGGCUACUCCGCCGACAUCGGGUGGUGGCUCGGGGACCGGGGGGGCGCCACCAAGCCGGGGGCGGUCGGUGCCUUCGUCUUCGGGUUUUGGAUCCUCGAUGUCGCAAACAACAUGACUCAGGGUCCGUGUAGAGCUCUGCUCGCUGACCUCACUGGGCAGGACCAUAGGAGGACUCGAGUAGCCAAUGCAUAUUUCUCGCUGUUUAUGGCUGUCGGUAAUGUCCUUGGCUUUGCCGCAGGGUCAUAUAGUGGAUGGUAUAAAAUUUUUCCAUUUACUAUGACUUCUGCAUGCAAUGCUGACUGCGCCAAUCUUAAGUCUGCAUUCUUCAUCGAUAUUGCAUUUAUUGCAAUCACUACAUGUAUAAGUGUCGCAGCUGCUCAGGAAUUACCUCUUGGUUCGACUGACAGAUCCUCAUCAGCUGCUGAUGGACCUGAAUCGAGCAACACUCAAGAAGCUUUCAUGUGGGAACUAUUUGGGACUUUCCGAUAUUUUUCUGGGUCUGUAUGGAUAAUCUUGCUUGUUACUGCUUUGACUUGGAUUGGAUGGUUUCCUUUUCUUCUCUUCGAUACUGAUUGGAUGGGAAGAGAAAUUUACGGCGGCAAACCCAAUGAAGGGUGGACCUACAACGAAGGUGUUAGGAUGGGUGCAUUAGGUCUCAUGUUGCAAUCAGUUGUCCUGGGAAUAACUUCAGUUCUCAUGGAAAAGCUUUGCAGGAAAUUUGGGGCAGGUUUUGUAUGGGGGAUUUCAGACAUUCUUAUGGCUCUUUGUUUUCUUGGCAUGCUUGUGGUAACAUAUGUCAAUAGUAUGGACUCAGGCGGCACUUCACCUGCAGAUGGCAUUGUAAUUGCUGCGAUAGUGAUUUUCGCAGUACUUGGUGUUCCUUUGGCUAUAACUUAUAGUGUUCCAUAUGCCUUGAUUUCAACACGUAUUGAGUCUUUGGGACUUGGGCAAGGAUUGUCUAUGGGCGUUUUAAACCUGGCAAUCGUGAUCCCACAGGUGGUGGUCUCCCUGGGAAGUGGACCAUGGGAUCAAUUAUUUGGUGGUGGAAAUUCACCAGCUUUUGCGGUGGCAGCAAUAUCAGCGUUCACUGCUGGUCUUAUAGCCAUUUUAGCUAUUCCUCGAUCCAGUCCUCAGAAACCCAGGACCGUCAUAUGAGUUCUCCAGGAUGUCUUAUCUCAUUUUCAUUGUGUCCAUUAGAGGCAUUUGGGUGGUUUCCUAGAGCAGUUCCGUAAACUUUUUCUCAAUCAAUUUUUGGGGUUGUUGCUGUUUGAUUUUGAGUCAAGACUGGCCAACGGGGACAGUAAAUUUUUGUUCUACACUACACAUAUACUGGAAGGGAAGUGGCGAUGUUCACAAGAUAUGAUGGAUGAAUGCUGGAGAGCAAUGAUGUCCAUCCAGGUAUGUGCUCUAUAGACAAGACAUCUUGGGUGCUGCUGCUGGUGAUUUGCUCUUUAGCUGUCGGGUCGAAUCAUGCAUCAACCCUGUCCAUGAAAGUGAAAGGAGAAUAAAAUUAUUGGUCUUUCUGAGAGGCAUAUUUUUUUUCUGUGUAAAUGUCCAAUCCCCGGAAAUCUUGUAUCGCGGGGUUCAAAGAUGCAUUGCUGCAUGUUUUAUGUCAUAGGAGACUCUGAAAUUAUUCGAAUCAAAAGGAUGCGUCCAUAUCGGAGAACCCAGGCCUGUACAUAUCUUUGAAUUUGGGUGCUUCAAAUAUUUAUUAACUAAAUUAUGUGCCGAGAUUGUUUA